AUGUAUUCUGUUGCUCCCCCGAGACUCCCCAAGUCUCGGCUCCUCUCCGCGGUUGGCUUUGACACGGAGAACAGAGACUCGCGCGAUAUGGAGACAUGCAGAUUUGACAAGAAUUGUCAAUCUCCAACUGAAGUCACCGACCAAGAUGGCCAGACUUUACCCCGGGAGCAAGAGGUGUCUGCCGCUGAGGUGGUGCCAGUAGUUUCCCCUCCUAGCUUAAAGGAUGUACAGCAGGCUGUGCAGGAGGCCUCGGAGCAGGUGGAGGGCCGUGGGGCAGAGGAAGUCUUAAAGGAGCUGCUGGAGAGGGUGGUAGAGGCAGCUCUUGGCAAAGCAGAAGGAGGGAGCGAAGAAAAUGGCAUGACAGUAGCUGAGGAGGAUGUACAGGGAGCUCAAGUCGAGGAGAGUGUGGCUGAAGCUGUAGAUGACGUUUUAGAGCAGCCCCUCGAGCAUGGUGAUACAGACAAAGAGGGAGAACCUGUAGGCUCUCAAGAGACAGAGGUAGUAGUAGAAAAUGAUACAUUUGAAAAUGGAGAGGAGAAAGGUGCUGUACAAGGAGAGGGUGACACAGCAGCUGGACUUGUGGAGGAGUCAACUGAAACUGUGGAGACUGAAGUCAGUGAAGAAGAGGGUUUGGAUGUUGUUAAAGAAUUACUAGGUACUGAAUUCAGUCAGGAGGAUACAGAAGGAGAUUCAGAAGAGGCAGAAGGGGAUUUAGAAGUUCAGGAAGAAGGGGAUGAAGGCCAAAAAGAGCAGACUGUGUUGUCAGUAGAAAAAGCUGAAACAACAGCAAUGGUGGAACCGGAAGAAGCUCCUGCUCCUGUGGAGGUAGCUGUGGAUGUGCAGCCAAAACAACAAACCGUGAAAGAGUCUGACCCCAUCCUGAGAGUAGUUGAUGAAGAACAAAUGGGAAAUGACCAAGAACAAGAAGCGGCUCCAAAAGAAGAAACUCCAACCAACGUAAAUCAGACUGAUGCAACAGCACUGCCUUCAAAUGAUCAUGAAAUAAAAGCAACACAGCCCAUUGAAAGAGAACAAGAUGAAGACGAGGAAGGAAUCGAGACAGAGGACACAGAAGGGCCAAUAGAAGGAGAUGGAGAUCAACUUUUUGUCGAAGGAGGAAUUCAAGAAGAGGUAGAAGAAGAUGCAGAUUUAACAGGAGAAACUGGAGAUGUAAAGGUUGAUGAUGGUGUGAUGAAAAACAAUUCUGAGGUUUUGGUGAAUGAGGGAGGUGGCAAGAAAGUUGGAGAGGAUACAGUGGAGGAUUCGCUUGGCAGUGAUAAAGAGGAUCAAGGUACAGUUGACAAACCCUACACCAUGGCCUCUAGGCUUAAUUUUCAUGUGUGUGUUACAUACCAAACUCCUCUUCUAGAGAUAUUGGGGAUCUCUGGCCCACUGCCUGAGAAUGUUGCCGAGGACUCUACAGAGCAGAACCCUGAAAUCCAGCCCCCCACGUCUAAUCCACCCCCGGCUGAGGUAGAGAAUCAAGAAAAUACCCUUGGUCAAGAGAGUUCUGACCAUGGCAAUGAGCCCAUCAUCCCCACUCUUGGCAUUUUGCCACAUGACCCUGCCGUGGCCCUACCGACACGUGACGAUUUGGAGAAUGAUGUUGUGGCUGGACUUGCUCAGACUGAAGGAGAGGAACCAGGGGAGGCCAAUGAGCAGGUGGAAGAUGUACCUGCAGCUAGAGAGACGAGUGACCAGGACCUGGAAGCAUGGAAGAUCGGUGCUAUUUUUGCUUCAGUCUUCCUUGUUAUAGAGACUGUUGUCAUCAUUGUCUAUAUCCUCAAAUGCAGAACCCAAAAAAGUUCCCUGGACCUGCAGCGGACAUGUGAAGAAGGGUGUGUUGAACCAGAGGCGGCCACAGGGGGUGAUUGCAGUGAUGACACUUUGCCUGUGGGCAACACUCAACAGAUAGCCAUGCUUAACUCGUCCGAUGCAGCUCCAGCCAAAGAAAGGGAGCGGCAUAAAGAUGAGCAUCCGAUAGCAAUGUCAGACCUCCUGCCCAGCUCCAAUGAGGAAGGGGCUGAAACCGGACCAGGUUCAGACUCCUCAGCAGAUCUCAAAACCUCCAUAUACAUAUGGAGAGGGGGUCUCCUGGUGGUGGCCUUUUGUGCCAGCCUAUCGCUAGCCCAGUUCCCCCGGGAGUGCGUCACCGUGGCCGGGCUGCAGAGCGGCCAGUGCUGCCCGUCCCCUACCGGGGUGGCGGGGGACGAGUGCGGCGCCAGCACGGGGAGAGGCCAGUGCGUCUCCAUUGCCGCCGACAGCCGUCGGCACGGGCCGCAGUACCCCUACGCCGGGCGUGACGACAGAGAGAGGUGGCCUUUGAGAUAUUUCAACCGCACCUGCCAGUGCAAUGGGAAUUUCACCGGCUACAACUGUGGACGAUGCAGGCAUGGGAUGAGUGGACCGAACUGUGACCAGAGAAUCUCAGUGGUGAGGAGAAAUAUCAUGCAGAUGAGCACAGCUGAGAAGCAAGCUUUUGUGAACGCCUUGGACCAAGCAAAGAGGACUGUUCACCCUGACCUGGUCAUUUGCACGAGAAGCUGCAGGAUGGAUGUGCAAAUUAGGUACCAGGAGGUGUAUGGGCCAGAUGGUAACACCCCCCAGUUUGAGAACAUCACCAUUUACAACUACUUUGUUUGGACGCACUACUACUCAGUCAGCAAGACAUACCUCGGUCCGGGCCAGACGAGCUUUGGAGGCGUGGACUUUUCCCACGAGGGCCCGGGCUUUGUCACCUGGCAUCGUUUCCAUCUGCUGCAGCUGGAAAGAGACAUGCAGGACAUGCUGGGGGAUCCCACCUUUGCCCUGCCCUACUGGAACUUUGCCAUCGGAGGCAGCGACUGUGACAUCUGCACCGACGACCUCCUGGGAGCCAGGAGCUCAUUCGACAUGAACUCCAUCAGCCCCAACUCUGUGUUCUCUCAGUGGAGGGUCAUCUGCGAGAGUGUGGAGGACUACGACUCCUUGGGCACCAUCUGCAACAGUAAUGACAGCUACACAAAUACUCAUUAUUCCUCGCUGCUAAGUCGGCUGGUGCGGCUGGUGUACCACAUCGUCUCAGCUGCAUUAGAAAAAGAGGGCAAGGAGCUCGUAAAGAGAACAUAUUCGGAGAGCAGUCCCAUCAGGAGGAACCCCGCGGGCAACGUGGCGCGGCCCAUGGUGCAGAGGCUGCCGGAGCCUCAGGAUGUGCUGGACUGUCUGGAGCUCAACACUUUCGACACUCCUCCGUAUUACUCCACCUCCUCCGAGAGCUUCAGGAACACCAUUGAAGGCUACAGUGCCCCUCAGGGGAUGUAUGACCCCGUCAUCCGCAGCCUCCACAACCUGGCCCACCUCUUUCUCAACGGGACAGGUGGACAGACCCAUCUGUCACCCAACGAUCCCAUCUUUGUCUUGCUGCACACCUUCACCGACGCCGUUUUUGACGAGUGGCUCCGCAGACAUCAACCGGGUGAGAUUGUUUACCCAGAGGAAAACGCUCCAAUUGGACACAACCGAAGGUUCAACAUGGUUCCCUUUUGGCCUCCUGUAACCAAUGCUGAGAUGUUUGUGAGCGCCCCGGACAGCCUUGGGUACUCAUACGAGGUCCAGUGGCCAGCCCGUGCCUUCACCUUGUCUGAGAUCAUAACUGUGGCCGUUGUCAUGGCGGUGGUGGUGGUGGCGGUGCUGGGCGGCGUCAUUGCCUGCGUAGUGCGAGCUCGUUCCAACAGCUCGGCAGAGGCCCUGGAGCCCCUGCUGGGAGAAACUUUCCGGCGUUACUCAGAGGACGACAGGAGGCCAGCUUUUGCUUCAGAUUCUGUCUGUGGGACCACCUGGCCUGGUGAUGUCCACAGCUUCGGCGUGGGUCACUCCCUCCAGGCAGUGCCCGUUAACGGCAAUGAUCUGAUCGCCGCGUUUUAG